UUUUUGUAAACAUUGCACAAAUGAUUACGAAUACAACAAGAUGGCAGCGUCCAGUGACGAUGAUUGUUUAAUUGCAUUUUUAAAUGAAAGUUUUAGUGAUAUAGCAUCGCUUGAGAAAUUAAAGAGCCUUCACGGGGAAUAUAAAACAAAAAUAGAACUUCUUAAAACCAAACUUGCUAAAGCUAGUACUGAGAUCCCAGCUAAGAUUGAUAAAGCUAUAGCUGCAACAGAGUCCACCUCAAAAGAUAUUGCCAAGCUUGAAGUUAAGCUUGAGUCUGUGCGUCAUGAGAUAUUAGAUCACACACACACUUACAAGCCUAUGGUGGGCGAACUGACUGCCUUGGUGGAAAGGGUCAAUGAAGUACAGAGAUAUGCCUACUAUUUGAGUACAGUCAGCAAAAUUGAAGAGAUAAGUUCACAGAUACAAGCAUUUCUUAUGACAGAAGCAUUAAAUCCAGCUGUGGACAGUUUCAAUGAAAUGACAGACCUUUACAGGACCUUACAGACUUCUGCCUGUCAGCACUUGCUUGGCUAUAUGAAAGAGACUAUUCUGUUCUGGAACAAGAUACUCAGUGAUCGAAUAGCUGUUGAAUUUGAAGAAGUCUUGAAAGCUCUGCGCUGGCCACUAGUUGUCACUACCAUCCAGGCCCCGUCUGUGACUAAUGUCAAAGAACUGAAGGAAAGAAUGGAGAAGUUGUUUAGGAAAUUAUUAAACCUUCAGCUUCCAGAUACAAUAAGUUUGGAAAACUCUGUCCAUCCACUGCUGUUAAAAAUAGUUGGCAUUAAACCUCUUUUGCUUCCCCUGGAGCUCAUGCUGAAGCCUCUUCGAAAAAGAUUUCAGUAUCAUUUCUAUGGCUCGAGGCAGACAAACAGUUUGGACAAGCCAGAAUGGUAUCUAACUCAAGUUCUGACUUGGAUAAGGGACCACAGUGAUUUCUUAGAGAGAAACAUUCAACCCAUACUUGAUGAAACUGGGAAAACCAAUAUUUGUGCCAGAACUGAGCUGACUCGAGGUCUGGUGAUGCUUGUGAUGGAGAAAAUUGGUCAAGAUCUGCCACAGCUGGUGUAUGAUGAGUCCAGCCUCUCUCAUUUGAUAGAUGAAGUCCUGCUCUUUGACAGUGAGAUCAGAAACACUUACUCAUAUCCUCCUAUGUUGCCUGGUUGCCUUGAUGUCUUGUGUCUACCUGAAGCUCUCACUAAAUGGUUGUUAGUUGAAAAAAAAUAUGCAAUGCAGAAAAUUGAGCAGAUGCUUCAGUCACCAUCAUGCUGGGAGUCCCAGUACAAAGGUGUUGAGGAUUCUGAUGAGGUCAAAGUUCCAGAAUGUGCUGAGAGUUUCAUGACACUGCUACACACAAUGACAGAUCGCUAUAAAAGGUUGCCUGUCUCAGACGCUAAGCUUCAGUUUCUUGGUCUUCAGCUGGAGCUAUUGGAAGAUUUUCGCAUGAGGUUGGUGCAGGUGAUGAAGGAAGCAUCAACAUCUCCGACAGGACCAACAUUCUGUGCUGUCCUUAAUGCUGUGCAUUAUGUGGUGCAAGUUUUAGGAGAAUGGAGUGAACUGACUUUCUUUCUUCAGUUGUUGUGCUACAAACAGAACCGUUCAUUAAAAACCAAUCUCUUUGAAAACUCUUCCAAACUCUAUGUUAUUCCCCCUGCAAAAGGCAGCAGAAAUUCUUCAAGAACAUCUGGUCAAGAUUUUGAUAAUGAUGACAGUCUAGAAGAUGUUCUUGCUGAAAUUCCAAACUUAUCUCUAGAACAUACAGUCUUUGAAGAGAUCAAUAGUUUAUUUGAAGGAAUGAUUACAGAUAUGAUCAACACAGCCUGCAAUUAUGUUUUUAAUGAUGUCAAAGCCAGAAGUCUUGCCUAUAGAAAAGACAGGUGGUUGUCAUUGCCACUGCCCAAAGAGCUGUCCUCUACUUUAGGCUUGUCCUCCUCAGCAUGUGAAAUGUUUCUGGUCCUCAAGGACCACUUGGCCACCAUGGAAGGUCAGCUGAGCAAGUUCCUGUUUGACAAAUUCUGGCACAGGCUUGCUAAAAGUAUUGACACUUUUAUUCUCAAUGAGGUGGUUUUGUCCAAUCAUUUUAAUGAAGGAGGUGCUCUCCAGUUCCAGUUUGACAUAACAAGAAAUCUCAUUCCUUUGUUUGGAGACUACACAAACAACCCAGAUUCGUAUUUUCGUUUAUCCAAAGAAGCCAGCAUUCUGUUAAAUCUCCAAAUUGGUUCAGCGUUGUUGCUGAAAGAUGUUCUAAACACAUAUCUACAUGGCUCCAGAGAUCAGCAACACUUAAAACAGCGCGAGUCAGAAACCAAGAAAUCUUUGAGAGAUGUGGGCAUAUUUAGUUUGACACCCGAAAAGUGUGAACUGGUUUUGAGUUUGAGAACCAAUUUUAAAAUAUCUUGACCCUCUUAAGGACAGUUAUUUAUUCAACCAUUGUUAGUCUUUUGUUUUAUGCAAUUAUUUAAAUUAUUGAAUCUAGAGAAAAUGGAGAAAAUAUUUUUGCAGUGAGCAUGUUAAACAUUUGUCACUAUGUAUUGUAGUUCCGAGCAAAUAGAAAUUUGACAUUCAAAUGCACAUUGUUUAAAACAUUGGCAGUACACUACGCAGGGGAACAAAGAUGAUAUAUGUAGAACUGGAAUUGUAUAAUAGUCAUCAUUGGUGUAUAAGCAGUGUUCUCAUUUAAAAUUACUAAUACUUCAUGAUAAAAUGUUGAAGUACAGAAGGUUCUGCUUGUCUUUUUGUUUCUAAUUAAUGUUAUCAAUCUUUCUAAACUGUCUUUCAAAUCAAAGUGGGCUGUGUGAAAGUUUUAAUUCUCUCUUCUUAGCCCUUUUUUUUUUUGGCUCACCUCUUUAUUGUUGAACUUUUGUGCCAUGCCAAAUGUUAACAUCUCUCAAUGUAACUGUAAGGUAAUUGUUUCAAUUUUAAAGAAAUAGAACUUGUUUUACUGCUUCUAAGUUGCUCUAGCAGAGCGACCACACCUUUGUUAAGUGAUGACCAAAAAUGAAUUAAAACUUAAUCAUUUAAGUAAUUUUGCUGUGGCUAUAAUAUGAGCAUAUUAUGGAGAAGUGUUAAGAAUAUAAAAAAAUUGGAAUCUUAUUUAUUAAUAAAUAAAAAUUAUAUAAUACAAAGUUUUUUUGUUUUAGAAAGUCACAUCUUUCUGUAUAAUGGAUGACUGCCUGGUCAUGUCUGAGUAUGCACUCUGGACUGUCAUUAAAAUGGUUCUUAGUUUGAACCCUGCCUGCUGCCAUGUAUGUGGUUUGGGCUAAGAUGUAAACAUUUUCAUUUCUGAAGGGACAUCAGAAACAAAUAAAAUUAACAAGCAUCUUAUCAUAUAGAUUACAGACAUUAUUUCUAAAAAGAAGAGAAUUACAUCCUAUGCAUUUCAUGUGUCAAUCUAGUCAUGCAUGUUAAUCAGUGACUGGAUUGACAUUUACUGCUUAAGCUGUUAGAAAGCAACUCACAGACUAAGAAUAGUUUUAAAAUUUAAACAGUUUAAGAAUUGCUAAUUCUAGUUGACAAAAAUCUUGAACAUUUUUUUUUAAAUUUACAAUAAAUGAAGCUGUAGAAACAUGAUUUUUUAAAAUUAGCUAUUCAUUUAUUUCCUGUUUUCUAAAUUUUAUUAUUGCAGAAGACAGUUUUUAUAAUAAAUUUAUGCAUUGCAUUUUAAGUAAAAUUGGUAAAGUAUUUUUACUGAAUUAAAACUGUUAAUGAUAAUGA